UGUGUGAGGAGCCGCUGCACAGUCACUUUAACACACACUUCAACACGCACACUUUAACACACACUUCAACACACACUUUAACACGCACACUUUAACACACACUUUAACACGCACACUUUAACACACACUUCAACACGCACACUUUAACACACACUUCAACACACUUUAACACGCACACUUUAACACACACUUCAACACGCACACUUUAACACACACUUCAACACACACUUUAACACGCACACUUUAACACACACUUCAACACACACUUUAACACACACUUUAACACACAGUAUCGCGCUCCUCUUCCCCACCAUGUGGGCCGCAGUGACAGAGCGAUCGGAGGCGUUUUUAACGGAGAAGAACCUGCUGACGGACUCUUUAACGGAGCUCGAGCGGCGCACCGGCAUCCACAAACACUACAUCGCCUCAGGUGCACUGUGCAUCAUCACUCUGUACCUGUUAUUCGGUUACGGUGCAUCUCUUCUCUGCAACCUGAUUGGAUUUGCCUACCCUGCCUACGCUUCUGUGAAAGCAAUUGAGAGCAGGAAUAAAGAGGACGACACACAGUGGUUAACGUACUGGGUGGUGUAUGGUCUCUUCAGCGUGGCCGAAUUUUUCUCCGACAUUUUUCUCUUCUGGUUUCCAUUUUAUUAUGCUGGAAAGUGUGUGUUCUUGAUAUGGUGUAUGGCCCCUGUGUCCUGGAAUGGUUCUCAGCUGAUCUACACUCGAGUGGUUCGUCCGUUCUUCCUGAAGCAUGAGGCAACUCUCGACACCAUGGUGAAAGACCUGAGCGGAAAAGCCAAGAGUGCAGCGCAGUCUGCUGCUAAAGAGGGUUUCAGCUGAAUAACUACGAGGCUAAAGUUCAGGGAUAAACUUUGAUGUUGCUGUGACGGAGUUCUCUCCACAUGCUAAAAGAGUUACGUGAUAUUGCAGUGUUUUGUUGUUAUUGAUUUUAAUAAUGUUAAAAUGUGUACCAGUUAAGCAUGUAAAGGUGAAAAGUAUGGUGAUGCUCAGUGGUUGCUAUGCUAAUCCAGUUGGUUGCUAAGUGGUUGUUAUGGAAUUCCAGGUGGUUGCUAGGGUAUUGCUAGGUGGCUCUUAUGGUGUUCCAGGUGGUUGCCAAGUUGUAUCUCAUCACUUGCUAAGGAAACUCAGAUGGUUGCUUGGAUUUGAGUGGCAAAAAAUUAUGAUCCAUGAAAAUGGUACAAA